ACCACCAGAGCCAGAGCCACGCCACCAGAGGACAGGACAGGAUGAACGGACACGCCGACAAGAUCGACAACGGCCUCUACCACGCCUCGACGUCGGCGGCACCGCUGGACCCGGCCCAGGCCUUUGCGCAGCUGGCCACGUACAAGCACGGCGAUGGCCUGUCCAUGUCUGAGCUCAUCGACUCGCGCACCCACGGCGGCCUGACGUACAAUGACUUCCUCGUGCUCCCCGGCUACAUCAGCUUCCAGGCCUCGGAGGUGUCGCUGCAGACAAAGGUGACGCGCAACGUGACGCUCAACACGCCCUUUCUCUCUUCGCCCAUGGACACCGUCACCGAGACGGACAUGGCCAUCUCCAUCGCCCUAAUGGGUGGUAUGGGCGUCAUUCACAACAACAUGAGCGCGCCCGAGCAGGCAAGCAUGGUGCGCAAGGUCAAGAAGUACGAGAAUGGCUUCAUCACCGAGCCCCUCUGCCUCAGCGACAAGGAGACCGUCGGCGAUGUCCUCGACAUCAAGCAGCGCCUCGGCUUUGGUGGCAUUCCCAUCACUGACACCGGCCUGCUCCAGGGCAAGCUCCUCGGCAUCGUCACGGCGCGCGACGUCCAGUUCAGGGACCCCAGCACGCCGCUGGCCGACGUCAUGACCCGGGACCUCGUCACCGCCAAGCAGGGCGUCACUCUCGAGGAGGCUAACCGGAUCCUGCGCGACAGCAAAAAGGGCAAGCUGCCCAUCGUCGACGCCCAGGGCCAUCUCGUCUCGCUCCUGGCCCGCUCGGACCUGCUCAAGAACCAGAACUUCCCGCUGGCCUCGAAGCGGCCCGACAGCAAGCAGCUCUACUGUGCUGCUGCCGUGGGCACGCGCCCGUCGGACCGUGAGCGCCUCACCCUGCUCGUCGAAGCUGGCCUCGACGUUGUCAUCCUCGACAGCUCGCAGGGCAACAGCGACUUCCAGGUCGAGAUGAUCCACUGGAUCAAGAAGACGUUUCCCCACCUCGACGUCGUUGCCGGUAAUGUCGUCACGCGCGAGCAGGCGGCCACGCUGAUUGCUGCGGGUGCCGACGCGCUCCGCGUGGGCAUGGGCUCUGGCUCCAUCUGCAUCACCCAGGAGGUCAUGGCCGUGGGCCGACCGCAGGGCACGGCGGUGCACUCGGUCGCUGAGUUUGCCUCCAAGUUUGGCGUGCCCGUCAUUGCCGACGGUGGCAUCCAGAACGUGGGCCACAUUGCCAAGGCCCUCGCUCUGGGCGCGUCGGCCGUCAUGAUGGGCGGCCUCCUUGCCGGCACGACGGAGAGCCCCGGCGACUACUUUUACCGUGAGGGCAAGCGACUCAAGGGCUACCGCGGUAUGGGCUCCAUCGAUGCCAUGGAGCACCAGAAGAAGAGCAAGACGUCGGGCGCCACGGGCAAGGGCCUCGCCAAGGCCAGCCAGGUCGCCGACGCCGGAAGCGAGAAUGCCGCAACGCAGCGCUACUUUUCCGAGGCCGACGCCGUCAAGGUCGCCCAGGGCGUCGCCGGUGCGGUGCACGACAAGGGAAGCGUGACCAAGUUCCUGCCUUACCUCUACACGGGUCUCCAGCACUCGCUCCAGGACAUGGGCGUCCUCGACCUCAAGAGCCUCAAGGCCGGUGUCGGAGCUGGCAAGGUCCGCUUCGAGCUGCGCACCUCGGCUGCCAUGGCCGAGGGCAACGUCCACGGCCUGGCCUACCACGAAAAGAAGCUUUUCAGCUCCUGAUGACUUUCCCAUAUGUAUUUUAGAUCCUGUUCCCUCUUACGCCCUCCUUCAUUCCACCCUUCCCUCUUUUCACCCAUGCUAUAGCACAACUCUCCCACACGAGGAGAAGCUGCAAUCGCGAUGGUCUGCGAAACCC